AUGGAUACUUCCAUUGANGAAAAAAUACUUGAUGAUUUUGGCUCAAAAUUAAGCAGUGAUUCCCAUUUUGAAGAUUGCAACAGAGUUUUGUCUGAAGGUUAUUAUGAUCUCCCUCACCCUCUCAAGCCAUGUCUCUUAUAUUUUGGUGUGUUUCUAGAAGGCUACGAAAUUAAAUUUGGGAGAUUAAUUCGCCUCUGGAUAGCUGAAGGCUUUGUUCAGUGCAACAACCACCUUCAAUCUGAGCAUGUUGCUGAAGAAUACAUGAAAGAACUUAUUGACAAAAGCUUGGUUCAAGUUUCAGAGAGAAAACCUUCUAGACGAUGUGACAACAAAGGUCCUUACGGAUGUAGAGCAAAACUACAAGAAGGUUUUGGGGCUUUAACGGAGUUGCGGAAGCUACGACAUGUUCAUGGAAACACCGAAGUACUUGAAGAGCUGAAGAAACUAAGGCAGAUGAGAAAGUUAGGCAUUAGGGUCACAAAUAGAGAUGUGAAAGAUUUGUUUGCUAUUGUCCAAAAUAUGGAAAACCUUCAAGUUUGGAUUUCUAAACUUCACAAUCUAAUCAUAUUAAAAUUGAAUUUGAUUGGAUCUACCAAUGAUUCCAUGACAAUCCUUCAAGCUCUGCCUAAUUUAUCGGUGCUUAUGCUCUUUGUGCGUGACUCUGAUGAACAAUUGCAUUUCAAAGAAGGUUGGUUUCCAAAGCUCCAAUACUUGUAUCUCUGCGACUUCAAAGGAUUGAAAUGCAUGAUGAUAGAGAAAUGUGCAAUGCCUAGUCUUACAUUCUUGUUGAUUGGACUAUGCCUAGUGUUGAAGGAGAUUCCAAUUGGUAUUGAGCAUCUCAAUAACCUAAAGAGACUUGUAUUUCGUAUGAUGUUGAAGGAGGUUUACUGCAUGAUAAAAAAUGAGAAUUGGGAGAAUGUCACUAAACACAUUCCACAAAUACUUGUCAGCUAUAAAGAAACAUCUAGAGGAGAAAACUUUGGUUAUACUAGUAAAUAUUUGUCAUCUCUUUCGGCAGAAGAUUUUGAGGAGCUUAUUAAAGAAAUUGAGGCCAGUAACAAGUAG